UGUCUGAUCACGUGACCCAGUCCAAGGGAGGGCGCGGAAGCGCCAGGCCUCUAUGUUACACAGGGGUCCUUGUAGUGUGGUGUAAAUGGAGCGCUGAAUACGCUUUCCGGUAUUGAAGCCCUUUCCAGGCUGCCGCAGCGUCUCUUUUUGCGUAGACUCCUGGUCGCUGAGGCUUUUGCGGCACCUCUGCCCGGUACUAUUUGUAAACAGGUUUGAGAAACCUCCGUCCGCCCUCUUCUGCACCCGCCCAUUGGAGCUUCCCUCAUUCAAGAUGGCGGCAGGAGGGAGCGGUGGACUGUCGUUUCCCGGGGUGCUGGGCAAUAGCACUCCUAGCAACCGUGUUGGAUCGUCGGCAUCCUCGUACAACUAUAGCGGUGGAGCUGGGGCCUCUUCCCCCGGUAACCAGGCAGCAUCUGCGGUCUCCUCGACUGGGGCCUCCCCUCCUGCGGCCCCGCCUCCACCCCCUCCUGCGGCUGCUGGCCUCCUGCACCGGGAACCCGUGUACAACUGGCAGGCGACCAAGACCACGGUGCGGGAACGGUUCACAUUUCUCUUCAAUAACGAAGUGCUUAGCGACGUACACUUCCUGGUCGGGAAGGGAGUGGGCAGUCAGCGGAUCCCCGCACACAGGUUUGUUCUGGCAGUUGGAAGUGCAGUCUUUGAUGCCAUGUUUAAUGGUGGCAUGGCUACAACAUCAACAGAAAUUGAAUUGCCAGAUGUUGAACCUGCUGCUUUUCUUGCUUUGCUAAAGUUCCUGUAUUCUGACGAGGUUCAGAUUGGUCCAGAGACUGUAAUGACUACUCUGUACACAGCUAAGAAAUAUGCGGUGCCAGCGCUAGAGGCACACUGUGUAGAGUUUCUUAAGAAGAACCUUCGUGCUGACAAUGCUUUCAUGUUACUUACUCAGGCUCGUCUAUUUGAUGAACCUCAGUUAGCAAGCCUUUGCUUGGAAAACAUAGACAAAAAUACAUCUGAUGCCCUGAAUGCAGAAGGUUUUACCGAUAUUGACCUGGAUACCCUUGUUGCAGUCUUAGAACGGGAUACGUUAGGCAUUCGUGAGAUCAGACUCUUUAAUGCAGUUGUACGCUGGUCUGAUGCAGAGUGCCAGAGGCAGCAGCAGCCAAUAACAUCAGAAAACAAACGGAAAGCACUCAGCAAAGCAUUAUCACUUAUCCGUUUCCCACUUAUGACCAUUGAAGAAUUUGCAGCAGGCCCAGCUCAGUCAGGCAUACUCACUGACCGGGAGGUGGUCAGUCUUUUCCUGCACUUUACUGUAAACCCUAAACCUCGAGUAGAGUUCAUAGACAGGCCAAGGUGUUGUUUGCGUGGGAAAGAAUGUAAUAUUAACCGUUUCCAGCAGGUAGAAAGUCGAUGGGGCUACAGUGGCACCAGUGAUCGAAUAAGGUUUUCCGUUAAUCGAAGAAUAUUUGUUGUGGGGUUUGCACUUUAUGGUUCAAUACAUGGUCCAACAGACUAUCAAGUUAAUAUUCAGAUUAUCCACACUGAUAGCAACACGGUUCUUGGACAGAAUGACACGGGAUUCAGCUGUGAUGGUUCUUCAAGUACAUUUAGGGUGAUGUUUAAAGAACCAGUGGAAAUCCUGCCCAACGUCAACUACACUGCAUGUGCCACGUUAAAGGGUCCGGACUCGCACUAUGGUACAAAAGGAUUACGCAAAGUUAUCCAUGAAUCUCCAACUACUGGUGCAAAAACGUGCUUCACGUUUUGUUAUGCAGCUGGUAAUAACAAUGGGACUUCAGUUGAAGAUGGACAAAUCCCGGAGAUUAUUUUCUACACAUAAACUGCACCUACUCACAAGAUAUGAGACUGUGGCUCUGUCACAGUUUAUGCCUAAAGGGUUCAUAUCAGUAGACUAAAUUGUGUGUCUAAAAUAGGAAAACUUUUUUGGUUGGGAAAAUAUGGACUGCAUUUUUGGGCUACUGCAGACUGUGGCGAUUGUCAUCUUUCCCACAUUAUAGCAAGUCUUCAGCAUUUGGCAUGGCUAGUUAACAUCAUCUUUGAGCCGUACCUCAUCUCAACCAGAGACAUGUUAAAUGCCAAAAACUGCACCUUGUCUUUCUGUGCCACUUAAAUAAAUUAUGAUCUAUGUAAGUAGUAA